GACCGGAUUCAAAUCGUUUGAAAGCCAACAGUUAUUCCACACGCGUCCCGUUCGCGAUCUCUCCCGCGUCUCCCUCGUCGGUUUUCCCGAUCUCGUUUGGAAGCAUGGCCGAGUUCCAGACGCCGCCGAGAGUGAGGUGCAAGCGGGCGACGGACAGGGCCGAGCUGAACACGCCGAUAAAGAUACCGGCCUCGCCUUUCCUGCAGAAGAUAGGCUAUGGCACCGGAAUCGCGGUGUACAUGUUGGAGAGGUCGCCUAAAGUGGGCUCUGUACGCUCGCCGUGGGCGGUGAAGAAAUGGGUGAAGGGAAGGAGCAACGAGACGAACGACGGACGCCUUCGGUUGGAAGCCGACGUCCUGCGACAGCUGAAUCACCCCAACAUCGUCGGCUUCAGAGCGUUCACCAAGGGCGCGGAUGGGAAGCCUUGCCUGGCCAUGGAAGCGUUGGAUAUGUCACUUGGCGACAAGAUCGAGGACAGGCGGGAGGCCCUGGUGGACGAGCCGUUCCCGGCUAAGGACAUCUUGAAAGUGGGCUUCGAAGUCGCAAAGGGCCUCGAGUAUCUGCACCACAGCGCGCACGUAUUACACGGGGAUAUAAAGAGUUGGAACGUCCUGGUGUCCCACGGCUUCGACGUGGUGAAGCUGUGCGACUUCGGUAGUUCUCUACCCCUGACGGAAUCUCUGGAAAUGGACACGUCGAAGGGCAACUUUUAUUACUUUGGAACGCCGUGUUGGAAUCCCCCCGAGAUUGUAUCAGAGGACGGACCGGUGACGAGUGCUGCUGAUAUGUGGACGUACGGCCUUGUCCUUUGGGAAAUGAUAGCGCUAUCGACACCCCACUACGAAGAUUCUGACGAGAGUGAAUCUUCCUUCGACGAGUCGAACGUGUCAGAAAGCACGAGAGAUAACCAGCUUGAUGAAUCUGAUAUUAGCAUGGACGAGAGUAUAACUUUUCUCAAGGAGAUAAUGCCGCGUAAAAGUAGCAAAUAUGGCACACGUCCAGCUUUGCCUGCUAUCGACUUGGGCAAAGAGUAUGAAAAGAUACUUGAAAUAUUCUUCAUAUGUACCACAAAUUAUAAAUUGAGACCUAGCGCAAAAGCGUUGGUGAACUAUUACGAAAGGUAUGCAAAUAUCGAUGAAAAAUAAUUAUAUAGUUCAUGGUAUACGUUUAUUUAUAAUUAACAUUACUAUUAAAACAUUUUAUAUAAACUACUUUCUCAAGAUAUCUCGUAUAACUUCUACAACGAUGCAAUGAUAAAUAAAAGAAAUAUUAUCACUAUCACGCA